UUUCAGUGAUCAACAAGUGCUUCACCGUCUUGUCUUAUAGAAAAAAGAAAAAAGAAUCAAGAAUUGAAUAAGUCUCUAAACAAUGCACUAAUGCCAGGGACCAAUUGGUAAUUACAAUGCCAGAGGUUUGUGUUGUUUGUUUGCUAAGAAAGUAACUGAAUUUUCAUGGCUGAACUGAACCCGAACAAACACUUGGCUGAAUUAGUUACCAUGCAUCAACAUGCAGCCCUCCAUCUUCUGCAACUCUUUACACCCCAUUUUAUUCUUCCCCAAAGCUUCUCAACUUUACGUUUAUUUUUAUUUUUCCUCCAUAGUUUGUCUAUUUCUUUCAUUCCCCAUCCAUUCUUAUUCAUACAAAGUGCCUAAUUCUAUACCAAAGGAGAUUUAUGAAAGCCUCAAGUAUUUGGGUCACCCACCAAAAAUAUAAAAGUUCAUAGACACGCUCUUGCAAAAACUGCCAAGUGCAUACAAAUGUCAACUCUAAAGCCCAUCACCACCGUCCAAUCUCCCAGUGAUCAAAUCACAACCCUUGGAGUACACCUGAUUAAUACCAAAUCCCCAUCAACUUCUCUUAUACUCUAAAGCACCAUAACAUCUGUUCACGUCUCCUAUAAAAACCAUACUCUAUCCCCUCAUCUCUUCUCAACUUCCACCUCCCACCUCUCCUUUCCCUCGCCGGAAAACCACCUAUCUCCGGCGGCUUCACCGCCAUUACCACCGCCACCAAUAAAAAAAACCAACCCCGGAACCAGCAACGCCCUCAAAAUCAUCAAAAUGGCUUCCAUGUUAACAUUUAUAGCUCCACCUCCAAAACUUUCUGUACAAAAAAGGAACAUUAAGUCCGCACCUUUACUAUCCAAACGCGUAAAGAACGUUAAAACAAAUGGUGGGUUGUGUACACUGGCGUGCUCUACGUCGUCGUUUGUGGGGAGAGUCGGGUUGCAGCGAAGAGAAGGGAACGUUUCGAUGCUUUCGUUUGGGAUAAAUCCUCAGUCGGCAACACACGUGGCGAAUAACGAUUCGUCUCAGGUUUUGUCUGCAAUGCUUCCCUUUGUUGUUGCUGCCACUGCUGUUGCUGCUCUCGCUCAACCUUCAACUUUUACUUGGGUGUCCAAGGAAUUAUAUGCCCCUGCUUUAGGUGGGAUCAUGUUGUCUAUUGGAAUUAGACUUUCCAUUGAUGAUUUUGCUCUUGCAUUUAAAAGACCUUUACCAUUGUCUGUUGGGUUAGUAGCGCAGUAUGUGCUCAAACCGGUUCUUGGAGUGCUAAUUGCAUGGGCAUUUGGAAUGCCCCAGAUUUUCUAUGCGGGUUUUGUUCUCACCUGUUGUGUUGCAGGGGCUCAGCUAUCCAGCUAUGCUAGCUUUUUGAGCAAAGGAGAUGUGGCCUUAAGCAUUCUCCUCACCAGCUGUACAACCAUUGCUUCGGUUAUAUUUACCCCUAUUUUAACUGGCCUUCUUAUUGGGUCUGUUGUGCCUGUUGAUGCCAUUGCCAUGUCAAAGUCAAUAUUGCAGGUUGUCUUAGUUCCAGUCACUCUUGGCCUUGUGCUCAAUACUUACGCAAAACCAGUUGUGACUUUUCUUCGACCUGUGAUGCCAUUUGUUGCUAUGAUAUGUACCUCACUGUGCAUUGGCAGUCCUCUUGCAAUCAAUCGGAGUCAAAUUCUAUCGAUAGAGGGUCUGCAGUUGAUUCUUCCAGUCUUGGCAUUUCAUGCAGUGGCAUUUGCUGCAGGUUAUUGGAUCUCAAAAAUUCCAGCUUUGAGGCAGGAGGAAGAAGUUAGCAGGACAAUCUCGUUAUGCACCGGAAUGCAAAGCUCCACCUUAGCAGGGCUUCUCGCAACCCAGUUCCUUGGGAGCAGUCAAGCAGUUCCACCAGCAUGCUCAGUAGUCGCUAUGGCUAUAAUGGGUCUAUGCCUUGCUUCUUUCUGGGGAAACGGCUCUCGAAUACGUGAUCUACCAUACUUGCUUGCACCGCAUUCUGGAUCUUCCACAAAUGCUUAAUGAACUGAUACCAGAUGCAGAGAUGGUGAAAUACUGACAUGCACUUGAUCUUCUCAACUUUCUUAGUUUUAAGUUACUACUUGUAUUGGGGUGUUAAUACCAUCAGAAAGUGGAUACAGCAUAGUAAAAUAGUAUACAGAGAAAAUAGGGGCAAGUAUAGAUAACGGGAAAAGUGACUGCCUAGAGAUGUAAAGUUAGGAGAGUUAUUUACUUCAACUUGCUAGAGCUAUGUACAUCCAAUGUAUCUAAUUUUAGUCGGUGUAUAAAAAUGGAUGUACUUGUGUAUGUUAUGUUUGGGUAUACCUGGCUACUUGUUAACUUCUUUUCCUUGGAGAAGAAGAGCAAUGACGGUAUCUGAGAACAUCGGCCAGCAGCCGUGGUAAUAUAGAGGAUCACUGUUUUAAAACCCGGAUCGGACCUUCCGGUUCGAUCGGGAUCUGACCUUAAAUCCGAUCCGAGUUGAUAUAAAACCCGCUAAUGAAUCGGAUAAA